AUGAAGCUGAACAUCUUGACCUGUUCUAUUGUUCUUGCCGUAAGCGGAGUACAAGCAGAUGAGAAUAGUGUGGAAGCAAGUCUAACGACAUCAAUGGAGACGCUAGGCCCAGCGUUUUCUCAAACAACACUCAAGUUUUCGACGGAAUGGACGAACCUGACCGAGGCAAUUUCAAGAAGCACAACUCCAUCCACGACCACUACUGCGAGUGGCUCGCAGAACGACCUGGACAAUAGCUUGGAUACCGAACACAAUGACACUCAACACCCUAAUGCCAUCGAUCGCAGUCCCUUUGAUAAGCCCAGAAAGCCCCAUGGUCCUAGCAAUAACUUCACAUUCAAUAAUGAAGUAUAG